ACCAGAUGCAGAAAUGCAGUCAAACACAAAAGGCUCAGAACACACAAUAAGACGUGUAAAACAGCACCCGAAGCAACCAGACGACACAUCACAAAUUACAACGGAUUUACUCCUAAAUAUGAACCAAAAUCAGGCUUAAUGACAGUUACCACGAGAAACACCUAUAAUAAAUGACAGGCCUUUUUCAGGGAUGCGCUAAAUGUUGCCUGUCAACCCUCCCAACACAAAACCCAGACAGUCGUGUGUGAUCAGCUCUGCUCCCCAGACAGCCAAUACCAGAAUAUCAGCGCCCUAACAGACCUAAUCUUCCCUGAUCCCAGAAAAUGAGGCCCGCCGUGUCGGGUCCAUAAGCCCUCUAAGCUGUCGUCUUUAGCAUUCAUUGCUUUUUAAUGGACAGUCUGAAGGAUUACAAUUCAAACCGUUUAAAAGUGACACAAUACAGCUAUACAUAGACAGUUCAAAAUACAAAAUGGUCAUACUUGACUUUUCCAAGGUGGCGUAGAAGCCAAAUCUCCAAAUAUAGGAGAAGACAGCGGCAUGAAGCAUCCCCGAGCAACGCUUAUAAAAGCUGUUAAAGUCUAGUUAGAGUGAGUGAUGUCUGUGGUGUUCAUCUGAAGCAUUCAUUCAUUCAUUCAUUCAUCUGAGAUAGAUCAUUUUGGCCUGCAGCACUCUGGUAAGUACAAUGCUACUUCCAAUAUUCAAAUCCUGACCAACAUCUGUUGAAUAUUUCUGACCACCAGAUGUUUGUCCUGCUCAUGCAGGGACUGUAGAUAAAAUGAGCGAUGCCGAGAUGGAAAUAUUUGGGGUGGCUGCCCCCUACCUCCGCAAAUCAGAGCGGGAGAGAAUCGCAGCACAAAACAAGCCGUUUGAUGCCAAAACAGCCGUGUUUGUGCCUGAUGCGAAGCAGGAGUACGUGAAGGGAAAAAUCAAAAGCCAAGAUGGCUCAAAGGUCACCGUGGAGACUGAGGAUGGAAAGGUCGUCCCAGUUCAUCUGGAUGACAUUCGUCCCAUGAACCCUCCGAAGUUUGACAAGAUCGAGGACAUGGCCCUGCUGACACACCUCCAUGAACCGGCCGUACUCUUCAACCUCAAGGAGCGUUACGCCGCCUGGAUGAUCUAUACGUACUCUGGACUCUUCUGUGUGACUGUGAAUCCUUACAAGUGGCUUCCAGUCUACAACCCGGAGGUGGUGGCCGGGUACCGUGGGAAGAAGCGUCAGGAGGCCCCCCCACACAUCUUCUCCAUCUCUGACAACGCUUACCAGUUCAUGCUCACAGAUCGAGAGAACCAGUCUAUCCUGAUCACUGGAGAAUCUGGUGCUGGGAAGACAGUCAACACAAAGCGAGUCAUCCAGUACUUUGCAACAAUUGCAUCAUUUGGAGACUCGAGCAAGAAAGAGCAAACUGCCGGCAAAAUGCAGGGGACUCUGGAGGAUCAAAUCAUCCAGGCCAACCCGCUGCUGGAAGCUUUCGGGAACGCCAAGACUGUGAGGAACGACAACUCCUCUCGAUUUGGAAAAUUCAUCCGCAUCCACUUUGGAACAAAGGGGAAGUUGGCAUCAGCUGAUAUUGAAACGUACCUUUUGGAAAAAUCCAGAGUGACGUUUCAGCUGCCGGCAGAGAGGAGCUACCACAUCUUCUAUCAGAUCAUGUCGAACAAGAAGCCCGAUUUGAUCGAGAUGCUGUUGAUUACCACCAAUCCAUAUGACUACCCCUUCAUCAGCCAGGGUGAAAUCACCGUGCUGAGCAUCAACGACACCGAGGAGCUGAUGGCCACAGACAGCGCCAUAGACAUCCUGGGCUUCAACACGGAGGAGAAGGUGGGCAUCUACAAGCUCACCGGAGCUGUGAUGCACAACGGAAACAUGAAGUUCAAGCAGAAGCAGCGGGAGGAGCAGGCGGAGCCCGACGGCACUGAGGUGGCAGACAAAGUUGCGUAUCUCAUGGGUCUGAACUCUGCUGAUCUGCUGAAAGCUCUGUGCAACCCCCGAGUGAAGGUUGGCAAUGAGUAUGUCACCAAAGGUCAGACUCCACAGCAGGUCAAUAAUGCAGUGGGCGCCCUGUCGAAGGCCGUGUAUGAGAAGCUGUUCCUGUGGAUGGUCACCAGGAUCAACCAGCAGCUCGACACCAAACUUCCAAGACAGCAUUUCAUCGGCGUCUUGGACAUCGCCGGAUUUGAAAUCUUCGAGAUGAACAGCUUGGAGCAGCUGUGCAUCAACUUCACAAAUGAGAAGCUGCAACAGUUUUUCAACCACCACAUGUUUGUGUUGGAGCAAGAAGAAUACAAGAAGGAAGGAAUCGCGUGGGAGUUCAUUGACUUUGGCAUGGACCUGGCAGCCUGCAUUGAGCUCAUUGAAAAGCCGAUGGGCAUCUUUUCCAUUCUUGAAGAGGAGUGCAUGUUCCCGAAGGCGACAGACGGCUCCUUCAAGAACAAGCUGUACGACCAGCACCUGGGCAAGAGCAGCAUCUUUCAGAAGCCCCGACCCUGCAAAGGAAAGGCAGAAGCCCACUUCUCGCUCAUGCACUACGCCGGCACUGUCGACUACAACACCAGCGGCUGGCUGGAGAAAAACAAAGACCCGCUGAAUGACACCGUGGUGCAGCUUUACCAAAAAGCUUCUCUCAAGCUGCUGUCUCAGCUCUUUGCCACAUACGCCUCUGCUGACGCUGAUGGAAGUAAGAAAAGUUCCAAGAAAAAAGGAUCUUCUUUCCAGACGGUUUCUGCACUUUUCAGGGAAAACCUGAACAAACUGAUGGCCAACCUCAGGUCCACACAUCCACACUUUGUACGAUGUAUCAUCCCCAAUGAAACCAAGACCCCAGGAUCUAUGGACCACCAUCUGGUGCUGCACCAGCUGCGCUGUAAUGGCGUGCUGGAGGGGAUCAGGAUCUGCAGGAAGGGCUUCCCCAGCAGGAUCCUCUAUGGAGAUUUCAGGCAGAGAUACAGGAUUCUGAAUGCCAGUGCGAUCCCCGAAGGCCAGUUUAUUGACAGCAAGAAGGCUUCAGAGAAACUGCUGUCCUCCAUCGACGUGGACCAUGCCCAGUAUAGAUUUGGAUACACAAAGGUGUUUUUCAAAGCCGGCCUCCUGGGUCUCCUGGAGGAGAUGAGAGAUGAACGGCUGGCGGUGCUGAUGACUCGUAUCCAGGCUGUGGCCAGAGGCUACGUCACCAGGCUGAAGUUCAAGGAGAUGACAAAGAAAAGAGAGUCCAUUUUCAUCAUCCAGUACAACAUCCGCUCAUUCAUGAACGUGAAGAACUGGCCUUGGAUGAGACUCUUCUUCAAGAUAAAGCCUCUGUUACGAAGUGCGGAGGUCGAGAAAGAGAUGCAGACCAUCAAAGAGGAGUUCUCGCGACUCAAAGAGGAGUUUGCAAAGUCGGAGGCCAGGAGGAAGGAGCUGGAGGAGAAAAUGGUCAUGCUCGUCCAGGAGAAAAAUGACCUUUACCUCCAAAUCCAAGCAGAGAGAGAGAACCUGUGCGACGCCGAGGAGAGGUGUGAAGGUUUGAUAAAGAGCAAGAUCCACCUGGAGGCCAAGGUCAAAGAGUUCUCCGAGAGGUUGGAGGAGGAGGAGGAGAUCAACGCCGAAAUCACCGCCAAGAAGAGGAAGCUGGAGGACGAAUGUUCGGAGCUCAAAAGAGACAUUGACGACCUGGAACUCACCGUCGCCAAAGUGGAGAAGGAGAAAUAUGCCACAGAAAAUAAGGUGAAGAAUCUGGUGGAGGAGCUCACUACUCUCGAGGAAAACCUGAUGAAGUCUUCAAAGGAGAUCAGAGCCCUGCAGGAGGUGCACCAGCAGACAUUAGACGACCUCCAGGCUGAGGAGGAUAAAGUAAACUGUCUAAUUAAGACAAAAAUCAAGUUGGAGCAACAGGUUGAUGAUCUGGAAGGCUCCCUGGAGCAGGAGAAAAAGGUGCGUGCAGACUUGGAGAGAUCCAGGAGGAAACUGGAGGGGGAUCUGAAGCUGUGCCAGGAUACCAUCAUGGACCUGGAGAAUGAAAGACAGCAAAUGGAUGAGAGACUGAAGAAAAAGGACUUUGAAAUCAUCCACUUGCAGUGCAAAAUUGAGGAUGAGCAAGCCCUUGGCAUCCAACUCCAAAAGAAGAUUAAAGAGCUUCAGGCUCGCAUUGAGGAGCUAGAAGAGGAAAUCGAGGCCGAGCGCUCGGCUCGAGCCAAAGUGGAGAAGCAGAGGUGUGAUCUGUCCAGGGAGCUGGAGGAGAUCAGCGAGAGGCUGGAGGAGGCCGGAGGAGCCACCGCCGCUCAGGCUGAGCUCAACAAGAAGCGCGAGGCCGAGUUCCAGAGGCUGCGGCGUGAUCUGGAGGAGUCUACCCUGCAGCACGAGUCCAUCGCUGCAGCUUUACGCAAGAAACAGGCCGACAGCGUGGCCGAGCUCAGCGAGCAGAUAGACAACAUUCAAAGAGUCAAGCAGAAACUGGAGAAAGAGAAAAGCGAGCUGAAGAUGGAAAUCGAUGACAUGGCAGGCAGCAUGCAGAGCAUUCUGAAAAACAAGGCUAAUCUGGAGAAACAGUGCAGGAGCCUUGAAGACCAAAUGAAUGAAUACAAGACCAAAGCAGAGGAAGCCCAGAGGUCUCUGAGUGAUUAUACCACACUGAGUGCUCGUCUACAGACAGAAAAUGGUGAGCUCACACGUCAGCUGGAUGAGAAAGAAGCCACUCUGUCCCAGCUGAGCAGAGUGAAAUCUGUCGGGAGCCAUCAGAUUGAAGAGCUGAAGAGACUUUUGGAUGAAGAAAUUAAGGCAAAAAACGCCUUUGCUCACAGUUUACAGUCAGCUCGGCAUGACUGUGAGCUGUUGAGAGAGCAGUACGAGGAGGAACAGGAGGCCAAAGCUGAGCUGCAGCGCUGCCUGUCCAAGGCCAACAGUGAAGUGUCUCAGUGGAGAACCAAAUACGAGACUGAUGCCAUCCAACGCACCGAAGAGCUCGAGGAGGCAAAGAAGAAGCUGGCCCAGCGGCUGCAGGAGUCCGAGGAAAUGACAGAGGCAGCAAAUGUCAAAUGUGCAUCACUGGAGAAAACCAAGCAGAGGUUGCAGGCUGAGGUCGAGGAUCUCAUGGUGGAGCUGGAGAGGUCAAAUGCAGCCAGCGCCACCCUGGACAAGAAACAGAGAAACUUUGACAAGAUUCUGGCUGAAUGGAAACAGAAAUAUGAGGAGAGUCAGUCAGACCUGGAAGUUUCCCAGAGAGAGUCUAGAGUGCUAAGUACAGAACUCUUCAAGCUGAAAAACUCAUAUGAAGAGGCUCUGGAUCAUCUGGAUAGCAUGAAAAGGGAGAAUAAAAAUCUUCAGCAGGAGAUUUCAGAUAUCACAGAGCAAGUUGGACAGUCUGCCAAAACUAUCCAUGAGCUGGAGAAAGCUGCAAAGCAAGCGGAACAGGAGAAGAGAGACACCCAGGCAGCUCUUGAGGAAGCUGAGUCUUCCCUGGAACACGAGGAGGCCAAAAUCCUGCACCUCCAACUGGAGCUGAACCAGAUCAAGGCAGAAGUGGACAGAAAGGUGGCAGAGAAAGAUGAAGAAAUUGACCAGCUCAAGCGGAACCACCAGAGAACCGUGGACACUCUGCAGAACACGCUGGACGCCGAGACGCGCAGCAGAAACGACGCUGUCCGGGCGAAGAAAAAGAUGGAGGGAGAUCUGAAUGAGAUGGAGAUCCAGCUGGGCCACGCCAACCGCCAGGCGGCCGAGGCGACCAAGCAGCUGAGGAACCUGCAGACUCAGUUGAAGGACACCCAGGUCCAUCUGGAUGAAGCACUCCACAGUCAAGAGGACUUAAAGGAGCAACUAGCUAUUGCAGAGCGCCGCAACAAUCUGAUGACUGCCGAGAACGAGGAGAUGGUGGCAGCGCUCGAACAAUCUGAGAGAAGUCGCAAGCUGGCCGAGCAGGAACUGAUUGACGUCAGUGAGAGGGUUCAGCUGCUGCACUCUCAGAACACCAGUCUGCUAAACACUAAAAAGAAGAUGGAGGCUGAUUUAUCUCAGCUGCAGUCAGAGAUGGAGGACACCGUCCAGGAGGCGAGGAAUGCGGAUGAGAAGGCCAAGAAAGCCAUCAUGGAUGCUGCCAUGAUGGCCGAGGAGCUGAAGAAAGAGCAGGACACCAGCGCUCACUUGGAGAGGAUGAAGAAGAACCUGGAGGUGACGGUGAAAGACCUGCAGCAGCGCCUGGACGAAGCCGAGCAGAUGGCUCUGAAAGGAGGGAAGAAAGAGCUCCAGAAACUGGAAGCCAGGGUCCGUGAGCUGGAAAAUGAAUUGGAGGCAGAACAGAAACACAGCAGCGAGGCUAUGAAAGGUGUGCGGAAAUAUGAGAGGAAAAUAAAAGAGCUCACUUAUCAGGGCGAGGAGGAGAAGAAGAAUGUGGCAAGACUCCAGGAUCUGGUCAACAAGCUGCAACUGAAAGUGAAAACAUAUAAGCGGCAGUGUGAAGAGGCGGAGGAACAGACCAACAUGCAUUUGGCUAAAUUUCGUAAAGUGCAACAUGAACUUGAGGAAGCGGAAGAACGAGCCGACAUCGCAGAAUCCCAGCUGAAUAAAUUACGAGCAAAGAGCCGUGAAGUUGUUGGUAAAGGGGAAUAGAAAUCACCACUGAUACGAGACACCUGUGGUCACUGUGACAAACAUGUGUCUCCACAAUGUAGCUUGUUUUUAUAAUAUAAGGAAAAUGCACUUGUCUUCAGCUUUGUUACCAUGCAUGUUUCAACUUUUAAAAUGUUUUAUUAAGUAGAAGUUUUUUUUAUCCUGAUAAAACAACACUUGAGAUAAUAAUCACAAAUUAAUACACCUUUCAAGUUAUCAAGUUAUUACAGUUCUACACCUUUUAUAUUUGUUGAAAUAGAACAUACUGACUUUAUAAAGAUGGAUGACACGAGAUCUCCAUAAAAGUGAGGCCCCCUGGUGGCUGGCUGCAGUACAGGUCAUACAGGUCAUAAACCCCUCCCCCUCCAUGUGAGCAGAUGGGACGUGGGUCAAACUAAAAACUCAUCAAAUACAUUUUUCCCAAAGAUGGUUUCUGUCAUUUUAGGUAGUUCUUGUCAUGCUGAUGUAUGUUAUGAAAAGGGGCUGAAACGUCAGCUAAGCGCUGUCGGGUGUAUGGGCAGGAACUCUAUCGUGGCUCCAUGUCCCGAUCACUAAUGUACAGGCUCUGGCCCUGGUAUCGAGGGUGGAAGUGGAGCCGCGUCAUCCAUCUGUAUAUAUGUCACUGGUAGAGCACUGACAUGUGAACAGACAACAUGUGACAAUAAUCAAAAUAUUAAGUCUACAGCCAUGUUAGCGGCUCUGUGAGGCGGUACUGAGGCACAGUGGUGCUUUGAGCUUAAGCUAACAUGCUAAUGCUUACAAGGUAUAAAGUUUAGCAUUUUUACCAUCUCAGUGUCAUGUGUUAGCAUGCUAACAUUUGUACCCCGAUUAUCAUUGUCUUUCAAAGAGUCAUGCUAACAUGGCUAAAAAUUAUUAAACUGUGUCACCCUCCGUGUCUAUGUAAUGAUAAACUAAGUCUGAGUAUUUUCAAAAUGUUCAAAAGAGAGUUUCUUGGUGAGAUACGACAUCUGGUCACCAUUCUGUGUUGUUAAGCCGGGAUCAUUCAACUCUGUUCGAAGUAAACAGUGACAGCUCAACAUGUUCCAGGAAUAGUGACGGCACAGCAGUUAUUUAUGCCCUGCCCCGAACUAAAACCUCAUUCUUAUCAAGACACAGA